AACGACCACCACAAUGCUCUUCAUAACGACCAUCACAAUGCUUGUCACAACGAAAACCACAAUGCCCAACACAACGACCACCUCAACGAACACCACAAUACUCGUCACAACGACCACCUUAAUGCUCGUCACAACGACCACCACAGUACAUGUCACAACGACCACCACAAUGCUCGUUACAACGACCACCACAAUGCUCGUUACAACGACCACCACAAUGCUCAUUACAACGACCACCACAAUGCUCGUCACAACGACCACCACAAUGCUCGUUACAACGACCACCACAAUGCCCGCCACAACGACCACCACAAUGCUCUUCAUAACGACCAUCACAAUGCUUGUCACAACGAAAACCACAAUGCCCAACACAACGACCACCUCAACGAACACCACAAUACUCGUCACAACGACCACCUUAAUGCUCGUCACAACGACCACCACAGUGCAUGUCACAACGACCACCACAAUGCUCGUUACAACGACCACCACAAUGCUCGUUACAACGACCACCACAGUGCAUGUCACAACGACCACCACAAUGCUCGUUACAACGACCACCACAGUGCUCGUCACAACGACCACCACAAUGCACGAAACAAUGACCACCACAAUUCCCCAAUUGCCAUCACAACGACCACCUCAAUGCUCGUCACAACGACCACCACAAUUACCACCACAACGACCACCACAAUGACCACCACAAUGCUCGUCACAACGACCACCACAAUGACCAUCACAAGGCUCAUCACAACGACCACCACAAUGCUCGUCACAACGACCAUCACAAUGCUCGUCACAACGACCACCACAAUGCUCGUCACAACGACCACCACAAUGUUCGUCACAACGACCACCACAAUGCUCGUCACAACGACCACCACAAUGCUCGUCACAACGACCAUCGCAAUGACCAUAACAACGACCACCACAAUGCUCGUCACAACGCCCACCGCAAUGACCAUAACAACGACCACCACAAGGCUCGUCACAACGACCACCACAAUGCUCGUCACAACGACCACCACAACGACCACCACAACGACCACCACAAUGCUCGUCACAACGACCACCGCAAUGACCAUAACAACGACCACCACAAUGGCCAUCACAACGACAACCAUAACGACCACCACAAUGCCCACCACAACGACCAUCUCAACGACCACCACAAUGCCCAUCACAACGACCACCACAAUGCCCAUCACAACGACCACCACAAUGCCCAUCACAACGAUCACCACAAUGCCCAUGACAACGACCUCCUCAACGACCACCAGAAUGCUCGUCACAACGACUACCACAAUGUUCGUCACAACGACCACCACAAUGCCCAUCACAACGACCACCACAAUGCCCAUCACAACGACCACAACAAUGCCCAUCACAACAACCACCACAAUGCCCACAACAACGACCACAACAAUGCCCAUCACAACAACCACCACAAUGCCCAUCACAACGACCACCAGAAUGCUCCAAAGGCACUCAGUAUAG